AUGCUCUCAUUGUAUGGCCUAGGCCAGAAUUUGACGUCUCUGGAAAAGCCGAAACAUCAAUUCUUCAACACGGAUUACGAGUAAGUUUAUGUUGUAGUAGAUAUAGUAAAGCGUUUUUUGACGAUAUUUGAAUGAUUUUGUUUUAGGGAAUUCAUGUUUGAUGUCAACGGAAUUGCCGUGGAUAUCUUUGGCGCCCCUCUCCAUCUCCCAGCCGAGACUCCCGUCUUUGUUAACGUGGAAGGAGCACCUUAUCCAUUCGAUUUACAGGCGCUAGUACCAGGACGGAACACCCGAAUGGACCAGGGGGAAUUGAUCUGGGGAGAGCAUCGACGAAUUAUCCCGAAGUUGCCGGAAGGAGAAUUAAAAGUGUUGAUUGAAAAACAGAUGGUCAAGAAACAAAGGGAACUGGAUGAAUUUGAAGAGGCCAGAAAGGUGAAAUUGGACGCAGAAGUACGUCAGAUGAUGGCUGAACGAGCCGAGGUUGAGAAGAACAAACAACGAGAAGAAAGGCUGUCGAAUCAGAGGAGGAGAAAUCAAGGUGAAAUUUUGAUAACGUUGAAUUUUUAAUUUUUUUGAUUGAAGUUUAUUUUGCGUUUACAGAACGAAGAAAUGAGAUGAACGAAGUCUAUGAACGUCUGAUGAACCGAGAAUACCAGCUAGAGGAGCAAGGAGAAACCGAUGAAGACGACUCUUCGUACUCGGAAGGAGAGGCUGAACGAAGAGUUAAUGGACGACAACCUCAGACGGAAGAUGAGGAGGACGAGGAUGAAAUGGCAGAUGAAAAUGACAGCGAUUUUGAUGUAAGUUGAGAUUAAUUUUUGGCAAACUUGCUGGUGGUUACUAUGAUAUUAAUUUUUUUUCAUUUUAAGAUUAACAACCCUUCCACUUCAAAUCCAAAUCGAUUCCGUUCUGGAUUUACAGUAACCGGCCGCCGAAGAAAAAAGCGAAAUGGACAAGAGAGCACCUCCCAGGAAUCGGCUCAGCAAGCCCUGGGAACAGCUACUCGAUAUGGACGAAUAGCGCGGCCGCCUCAGAGAAUAUACGAUGAUCUGGCUCAACAAAGCCCGACAAGGCAAAGGAGAAGACCCUUGAGGAGAAGGGGAUCCAAUGAACCCGGGCCGUCCAGAGAAUUCGAAGAUGAGGACUCGAGAUUGGCGGAUGAUGACGCGAGCAGAUCCCCGAUACCUUCAAGGAGAUCGAGAAGGAUCGCCAGGAUAGAUUCGGAAUCACCGGAACCUCAAGCAGAAGGAAGUCAAAGGAGAAUACGGGAAGAAGAUGACGAAGAGAUCGAACAAGGGGAAGAUUAUGGUGAUAGGAACUUGAAAAGAGUCCAUCAUCCCGUUGGAGAAGGCGAAUUUGACUCAAAUGAUCAGGACGCGUCGUCUAGUGUAAUAUAUGGACAAGGAAUUUAUGAAGAUGAAGUUGAGAAUGAGGUGGAAGAUAAGUCGGAUGAGUCGUUUUCGUUGACUUCGGAAGACCUGGCACCGUCCAGUCCAGAGAAAGUUGAAUUUGAAGAGGAAGACGAGAUUCUGGAGGCGGCCGAGGACAGCUUUAUUGUUGAUGACGAUCUGGAAGAUCAAGAAGAAUUAAGUGAAAACAGCGACGAAGACGAGGAGGAGGAAGAAGAAGCGAUGUCAGAUGAGAGUGAACGGCCGAAGAAGAGAGUGCAGAGAAAGAAAAACCCCAAAAAGAGCAAAAAACUUGCAAAAAAUAAGAAAAAAUCGAAGAAAUCUAAAACAAAAAGGCCUCAGAGAGGAGUAAAACGAAAGAAAACGAAGGGGGUUAUAAGUGAAGAGGAGGAAGAAGAGCUGGAAGAAGAGGAGGAGUUCAAAGAAGAACCAGAAAGAGAAGAAUCUGGAAAUGAAUGGGCUGAUUUAGAGGAGGACGAAGAAAGGGGAGAAGAGGAAGAAAUAAAAGAGCCAGUUGUGGAGAAUGGAGAUGUUGAAGAGGCAGAGGAAGUUAUACAACAACCAACAACCUCGAGGCACGCUUAUGUCUACGGUGAUUAUGAUGUAAGUUAAAGAGACAAAUCUUGUGUCCACUUUUUGUCUGUCCAGGAUAAUAUAACUUUUUUUGCAGUUUGAUGAUUAUUUUGACGAGAAGAGUGCGGAUGGCUCGGACUGGGGCGAGUCCUCAUAUGUAAACGACGGGAAAAAGCGUUAUCCUGGCAAGGCCCGCAAAAGCCGCUAUCAGCCGGCGGUCCGAAGAUCUCAGCGCUCCACUCGGGCCACGAAAUUCACCGAAUUGUCGGACGAUGAGUUCCCCGAUCCAAAUGUUCGUCGGUCAAGCCGACAGAAGAAAAGGGUCCGGACAAACGAUGAUAUCUAUGAAUACGAGUAG